AUGAGUUACUGUUAGACCUCUCUCUAGUGUACCCAUAUUAACAUUCGUUACUGAAAAUAAACAUGAAGACUUUUCCCUUAUGUUCUAAAAACAAAGGAUCAUCACUGUAAAGUCGAAAUAUUUUCUUGUAGUAAAAACACAAAUAGAACUAAAUAUGGGAGACUUGCAUUAUUUUUACUUAAAUGACUUAACAUAGAUUUGCUGAUAAUCACAUAACUUGUCGGAAGAGGAAUGGAUUUUAAUCCUACCUGGGUUGAAUGAACGUUAUAUUGAAGAUUGUGUCACAUAAAUGUAAUUCUCCUUAAAAUGACAUAUUUAGUAGUAUGUAUAUUUGACCCUUAGAUUUUCUUAAAAAAAUACCAUAUUACAUCAAAAUUGCUUUUCUUGACAGAAAUGUUCCGGAACAUAUGCCAUUCAAUUAUCAAGUAAUUUCAUACAGGAAAUGAGUGAACAUUCUUAUACGGUAUAUUUUCCAAAAAUGAAAAUGUAUGUAUUGUGUGUUUCGUGCGUCAAUAUUUAGAACAUUGCUAUUUUAGUCAAUAAGUGCUUGAUGCUGAGAUUCAUAUUUUAAUCUACAAUCAAAUAUCGGGUUUUUGUGUUUUCAGAUAAUUCAUGCAUUGAAUAAUUGUGUGACUAUGAAGAGCACGGAUGUUGACCGGGGAUACUCAUGGGUUGUUUUAAUAUUUUGUGGUAUGAUAUACCUAGUCAUCGCUGGAGGUGUGAAAUCGUUUGGUGUUUUAUACACGGAGUUGUUAGAGUACUAUGAAGCUGGCGCCGGUAACACAGCAUGGAUAUCAAGUGUUUGCUUAUUGCUUUUCAUGGGAUUAGGACCAUUUUCCAACUUCCUUGGAGAAAAAUACACAUAUCGGUUAAUAAUGUGUAUAGGAAGUGUGCUGGUUUUAAUUGGCUAUACAGCAAGUGCUUUUGUUCCAAGUAUGGACAUGUUGUUCUUGACUUAUGGAGUUGUUGCAGGUACUGGUUACGGGUUGAUAUUUGCUCCUUGUACUACCAUCAUAAGUUUUUACUUUAAAAAGAGACGGAGUUUAGCCAAUGGACUGAUGGUGUCUUUUAGUGGUUUUGGAAGUCUUUUAUUUCCGUAUAUGUAUAGAUUUUUGAUUGAUAAAUAUGGACUUCAUGGUGCCUUGCUUAUUAUUGGAGCAGUUUUUUUCAAUACAUGCGCUGCAAGUUUAUUAUUACGACAACCACCUCAGUUAUUGAAAAAGAAACAAAAAACAGAGGAAGAAAUAUCUUUAGCUACUCCCGAGAACAUUGACACACCAGAAAAAACACCAUCUGGAUGUUUUAAUGAGGCCAAAAAAAGAAUCUUCAAAUUGGAUCUGUUUUACAAUCCUAAAUAUACAAUUUUGUUCUGUGCUAUUUUAUUUCAAACGGCCAAUUUUGCCGGAAACUUAGUAGCACUACCUGGACAUAUACAAUCUUUAGGACUUGGAAAACAAACCAUAGCAUUAUCUGUGUCCUUAUUGGGUGGAUCUGAAAUCAUAGCUAGGGCUUUUUUAGGAUGGUUUGCUGACUUAAACAUUAUGACUCGUACUCAUUUAUUUAUGGUGUGUUCGUUUGUUAGUACAAUCAUUGCUUUUUGUAUACCGCAUUUGCCAUACAAAGAAGCAGUGUUGUGUUAUGCCGUACUUAUGGGUGUCUUCUCUGGAUCUUUUUGGAGCUUGAUGGGUGUCCUGAUGGUUGAUUGUGUAGGGCUUGAUAAUUUUUCUCCUGCAUUCGGACUUUUGUCAAUGGCAAGUGCUUUUUCAAUCUUGAUCAGUCAACCUAUUAUAGGUUGGUUGAAAGAUGCUACAGGGAGCUGGGACAUGUCAUUCCGUUUUACUGGCUUGCUAAGCGCUCUAUCCUUCUUGUUUUGUUUGACUGGUCCAAUGAUUGAACGUUUUUGGUGCUGUCAUCAAGACACUGGGACUAUUAUUAUUGAUGAUAUUAUACAAGUAGAGGAAGUAAAUGGAAAAGUUGAAGAAAGUGUCCUCCUUAAAGAGCGAUCAUAAAAUCAUUUACCAUUAAUUGUCAUGUUUCGAUUUACUAGUAUUCUCAUGUGUUAUUAGUUUUAACAUUAAGGCAUGUUGUAUUUGAAGUGCUUUUAUUGGCAACAUAUCAAAACGUAUCAAAAUAUGGAGGUGUCAUAUCACGUGAUAUUUGUUUUUUUUAGUUUGUAACGAAGCAUGGAUGAUAUAAGUUUAUCUAUAUCAGAAAUGGUACGGACCCUCAAUCAAUAUAAACCAUUGAGGUAUGUACAUAUCAUAAUGGUGUCUCGGGCUGAUAUCGAUAUGACAUUGUAAAAACAAUUUUUUAAAUGUUUACAACUUUAAAUAAGUUGUUAAAUCUGUGAAAAGAGUUGUACAUCUAUAAGAUCAGAAAGUUGUAGCCUUUAAUAAAAUAGUUUAUCUGCAAAAUGGUUAAAUUUAUAGUGAAUUCAGUUUUGUAGGUUUUGAAAGGGAUUUAUUUUUCGAAUCUAGACUUUGAUUUUAACAUUCAUUUUUCAUUAAAAAUACAGAGGUUUUUUGACAAUGUUUGAAGCAUUCAUGACACUUUUUUGCUGAUCUCCAAAUUUUGUUGAUGGUUUAUCGUUGAGACUAUAGCAUUUACAUGGAAUCAUGAUAUAGAGAUUUAUAUAACAUAAUAUGAUAUAGAGAUUCUAUAUUUCGUCGUCAGUGGUGUAAUCAUUAAGGUGAAAUAAGUGGUUAAUUAUUUUUUAAACAUCAAUAUACCGCCAUUUUAUUGUAUAAAAAAAUAAGAAAGAUGCUUUAUAAUAUCAAGGAUAUUUGUUUCCUAAUAGGGCAAUUUGUAUGUGAGAGUAUGUUACAGUUAAAUAAUCCUUUUUAUCAAAUAAUGAUAUCUGUUACACCAGUUGUUAUUUUAUGUGAUCAAGAGAAUCCAAAUUGAUUAAGACAAUCCAAAUUGAUCAAGAGAAUUCGAAUUGAUGAUCCUAGAAAAUCAAAAUAGAUCAAGAAAAUCCAAAAUAUAGAUAUCUUGUUUAACUGUAGUUCCAUUUGAUGUCGAUUAUCUCUAGGAAGUCCCGAGAAAUUGUUAUCUAUUUAUUAGUAUUCAGUAGAUAUAUAUUUGAUCUCAAGUGUUUGAUUACUCAGUCUUAUACUCUAAAAAGGUUGGGAGUGAGUUUUAUGUCUCAAAGUUCCAGGAAUUCCAAAAGGAAAAGUGUAAUUGUACGCUUAUUUCUCAUCUAGUACUAAAAUGUAUAUUUACAUUUGACAUUAUUAUACUUAAUACUGUUAUGUUUAUGUUAUAUAUAAAUAUUGAUAAUGUUUUAUAUGUAAUCUAUGUAUAUUCAUACUGUUUGUCAUAUGUAAUCAAUGGUUUUUUAUUUAGAAAUAUUUUAGAGGUGCACUCGAGGUGCACUCGAACUAGUUAAGAUGAUCUGGCAUACUUAAUUAUAAUCCUGGUACCUUUGUUAUCAAUAAGACAAUGAAUGAUAUUGAAGAUGGAUUUCAUUAUUAUCUGUUUAAAAAAAAAUGCUAGGUAGGUUUGAAUAAAGUAUAUGAUUCUUGGGUACAUUGGGUACCUCAUUUUGCUGGAAAGUAAAAUCAGUGCUUUAGAAAUCUGAACAUUGGCCUUUUAUAUCUCAAUGUUUUAGUUCCUAUAUUAAAUAAGUAAAAAAAAAUUCAGGCAGACACAAACAGGUUCAAUUUUACUAGGACGAAAAAGACUUUUAGAGGAAAAUAACAUAAUUUGAAAUCUUACAAUCUUUUAUUGGCAUUAAAAAGGCUUAGUUCGUAAAACAUAUAUUGUAUAAGAGCUAGAAUAAAUCUUAACUUUAGUUGUAACCAUUGAAUAUGUAAAAUCAUUUACUACAGGCCUUAACCAUUUCAAAAGUAUGAACAUGCAUAUGUUAUUUUAGAUUUGAAACCUUAUGGAUCAUUAUUAAUACAAGAUUAUUUUUUUUGAGAAUACUAGUGCAAUAUCAAAACAGAAAAAAAUGCCUAUUUUUUUGUUUAAUCCUUGAACUCCUUGGAAUUCCAUUAACUACAUAUUUAUCUACUGGGUGUAGUUUUUAUUCUCGUUUUUAAUCCAAUUUAACGGUUUUUUUUUGCUGAUAUUUUACAUUAAGCUACAUAUAUCCAUUUCUAUCUAUGAGCAAUGCAUGAUUUUUAUUUUUUUGUUUGUUACGGAUGAAAAUGGUUGCAAAGGGAAUGACAAUUGUUGUUUGAUUAAUUUUAUUAAGGAAUUAAUUAUCUUAAAGAUAAAUUUUAUACCUUAAAAGGACAUUAAAAUUAAUAGAUGUUGUCCACUGUCCACAAGUUUCCAUAAUUUUAUUUGAACUAGAAUCAUUCUCUAUUGUAAAAUUAGCAAUCAUUCCAGAAAUUUAGAAAUAUAGAUUUUUGUUUUUUUAAACAAAACAAUUUACUGUUAUCUUUUGUACAUAAAUGGAGAUUUCAAAUUAUGUUACUUUGAAAAUCCCCAUGUUGUCCAAACAUAACAGUUAGUUGUUUUGAUAAAGGAGAAGGUCAGGCAAGGGCUAGUUACAGCAUAAAAUUUGAAGUACAUCUGAUGAAAGGUUUUUGACAUUUUUUAAACUCUGAAGUAUCUUGUCUUCUUCCAAUUCAAUAAAUUAUUGUAAGAGACUUUGACAAUUGCACCCGCUUCCAUUUUAAACAAAAAAUGUCUGAAAAUUAGCAAAAAUUGUGAAUAAUAUAAUAUUUAAACAACUUUGUUAAAACGCUAUAUUUUGGAACCAGAAAGGGGUCUUUGCAGGCCUAUCCUUUCUGGAAUGUGUGCUACUUUUACAAGAGAGGCUGAUUCUAGUACAAUAUAUAUCUUGUUUCAAUUAUAGAGAUAAAACCCGUUUUAAAUUAACAAAUGCCUAUUUGUAUUGUAUUAUGGUAAGGAUCUGUGUGUUUUUGUCAUUGUGUAUAUAUAUAACUUAAUUGUAGUUUCAAUUUUCUACUAUGAACAUAUAAUUGUACUCCUUUUACUGAAAAGUCCUUGUUUACUUUAUUUUAUGUAUAAAAUAAUUUACAAUUAUAAACUUGUCCUAUGUAUCAUAUGUGUAAGAUGCAAAAUGUAAUCUCAUUGCAGUCAGUAUUUAGUUUUGAUUUUUGAUUUUUAAUGUCUGAUAUAUAUAUAAGUAUUAUUUUAUUUGAAUUUUGCCUAAAACAUUGACACUGACUUAACACUUUUUGACUAAAGUGCAAAAUAAGACUACCAACUGACUUAAUAUUGAGAUCUUAUAAAUGCCUGGUCUUUAAUACCCAGAGGCUUAAAGAAUUUUACUAUUUUUAAAUUUUGAGGGGUAAAAUAAUGACUUGCAUGCUAAUUUGAAUAUUUGCCUUCCACUGUGAAUUCAAAGAGAUAUGAUAUUUGAGCACAAUCUGUUGAUGAAGGAAGCUAACAUGCAAUUCACAUGUAGAUUUUUUUUGUUUCUUUGUUUUGUGACAUGGUAUGCUUUUAGUGGUUCUGCUCUGUAGUAAAGUGUUACUUAUAAACCAGUAAAGUCAGGUAAAUAGGGAAAAGGAAAAAUGAAAUGACAAAGAGAAAAAGGGGCAGUCUGAAGAAUUAAACAUUAAAAAGUAACACGAAAAACCAAAGGACUGUUCUAGAUGAAAGAAAAAUGGAAUAGUAGAUACCAUAUUGACCCAAAACAUAAUUUUUAAUUUUUUUGUUUGUUUACAUAACACAAUGUUGACUGCUGUAUCCCUAUUUUUGACAUUUUUUACUUUUUAAGUCUGUUUGUGUUGUCCACACUUCUGUGUCAACAUGAUGGAAUUUUAUUCGACUGUCUUACUAGUGGGAGGUUUAGCUAGCCAUAAACAAAGUGUAAUCCACCAUUUUAUACAUAAGAAAAUGCAUGGACCAAGUCAGAAAUAUGACAGUUGUUAUCGUUUGAUGUGUUUGAGCUUUUGAUUUUUCAAUUUGAUUAGGAACUUUCUGUUUUGAAUAUUCCUCAGAGUUCAGUAUUUUUUUUAAUUUUAUUUUACUAUUUAUAUUCUUUUAUUGAAAAGUCCUUGAUUGCUUAUCAGUAUCAUUGUUUGUAUUUUAUGCAUAAUAAAACAUAUAAAAGUUGUCCUGUUUAUGAAAUGUGUUAGAACAACACAAUCAGUUUUACAUUUUUUAACAAUAAUUGUGUAAUGAGUUUUUUAUACUUAUUUUA